AAGGAAGAUAGGGGAGGAAUAAGAGCCUCUCGAGAAGCUCUCAGGCGAAAAACGAGGGAACGAGAUGGUGACGACCACCACCACCACCACCAGCACCACUACAGGCCCGUUUAGCACCAACCAGUUCAACUCAAGGAUUAUACGUCACAGUCUGCCGCAGCUAACAUCGGAGAGAAAGUCGAGGACUUUUAGUUUGAGGUGCGCAUUGUUCCCCCAUGAAAGGCGGGAAAGCAGGCGGUUGGUCUCGAUCUCCCUCGUCCUCUUCCAUUGUGUCUCUAUCUCUAGAGAUGCAAUGGCAGGCAGCCCAUUUGAUAAUUAUGUGAAAAGGAAAAAGCUUGAGCCAUUGGAGGCUUAUGUACCAGCUAUUAUCUUGACAGAGAUGCAGAUUACAGAAUUGGGUAAAACACUGGAAGCUGACCAGCCUCAGUAUGCUGCAUGUCGGAGUCUGUUACGUGCUGGCCCAGCAUCAUCAUUACGCAUGAACAUUCGAGCAGUAGCACAGUAUGCAAACGAAGUUGGCAAUGAUAAAACUGCUUCCAAUGAUGUCGAUCAAUGUCUCAGAGCCUUGGAAGAACUUGAUUCACUGUUACUACAUGCAUCAAGAAAUCAGCCUGGAGCUUCAGUUAAAUCAAUGAAAUCAAAUAUUGGUGUAGCUGUUAAUGCAUUAAACAGCCUACUUCAGACAGUCCCCACCGAUGUACUGGAAAAGUGCAAGGCUAUAGCUGAUGCAUACAACGCUCCAGAAGAAGAUUUUGCAGCGGAAAACUUGGAUCCGAAUUUGAAGCAGUUACAAUCUAUACUGUGAUCAGGCAAGCUAUAUUCGGUAUGUACAGUUCGUGAUUACAGCCAGCCAUAAGGAUACCAUAUUGUUUUUUAUAUCUACUAUUGCGAUGAGGGUAUCUGUAUCUUCACACAUGUUUUUUAAUUACAUAGUCAAAAAGAUUUGUGGAUGAAUCACAUGUUUAGAUUUUCAUAAUCAUAUGAAUUACAUCUGUUCGUCC